UACAGUUUGAUUCAUCAAAGGCAUCCUGAGGUUCCCCUGGCUGACGACUCCGAGGGGCUGCAGACAAUCGGUGCAUUGUCAGCCGGGACUGCAGCAUGAAGCAAGGGCACAUCCAUACUGAGAGCCUCAGGUCCAAGCCUGCUGAGGUAAGUGUCUCUACCACCCCCAAGACAAGAACUCAGGGAUGCCAUAGAAGGAGAAAGGAAUGUCACCACAUACCAUCCUCAGCCCCUUCCCUGAGCAAGUUGGCUCCCGAGUCUCUAAGCCAGAAGCCCCACAGCCAGUUCUGUGCCCUCAGGUGAAGACCAAACCCUGCCAUAGGGGCUGGAGAGCAGCAGGCCUGCCGCUGCUGCUGACACUGCUCGCUGUGGGGGCCGUGGCUGGGGGGCUUCUUGGCUUCAUGUACAGCUCUCCCAAGCCAUUGCUGCAGAUGCUCCGAAAGACCUUCCCGAGCUCCAGGGUCCCCUGGCCCAACCAAACCACUCUAGUGGAUGUGGCCCAGAACAUGGCGACCAUUGUGGUGACUCCGUUUCAUAGCAACCACAGCUGGGCCGUGCUGUUCGACGGGCAAAACGGGUACAUCUGUUACCGCCCUGCAGAGCACCAGGCCUGCUUCCUCCGUCUGAUGGAAGCCGGAGAUUGGGAGACCCUGCAGCUGCUGCUGAGCACUUCCAGGGCCCAAGAGUCACAUGUACCUGGCCGGGAUACUCACUAUGCCCAGGAACUGCUGGCAGUUUUGGGGGGCCAUACUGUGGACCCUACCCAAGUGGGAGUUUCAGUACAACACCUUUGUGCAGACACUCCCAUCUACUGGGCCCGACUGGCAGAGGGGCCCCAGAGACAGCGGCUGAUCUACCUCUGCAUUGACAUCUGCUUUCCGAGCAACAUCUGUGUGUCUGUCUGCUUUUAUUACCUCCCAGACUAAGACCCCUACCCAA